CGUCAAUGAGUGAACACUGAAAUUAGUUUAAUACAAAAAUGUGUUUGUGGUUAUAUGGUUAGUUGUGUAGUGAUAUUAUUCUGUGAUAAUAAUAAUAAGUGAUGUGCCGGUUACCUACAAUCAACCUGUAGCAGUAUUAUAGUGUAGUAAAGAUGACUGAACUGGACAAGUUCAAGCGGCGGCUGAUCAGGUCGGUGGCGCGGCUGCUGCUGCACGAGAGACGGCCUGAGGAGGAGGUGUGGGAGCAGCUGCAGAAGGAGACCGGCUGCGACUGCAAGCUGCUCUGGGAACGAAUGCGAGCGUUGACGGUGAAGAAGAUGAAGCGGUUGUUAGCAGCAGACGACCGGCCGGAGCAGGUGGCGGCGGUGGCGCGGAUGUCGCCCACCGACUGGCUGCUGUUCGACCUGGUUCUGGUGCAUGAGAAGUGUGACGUCAUCACACGGGAUUCCCCGUCUGGCCACAAAGAGGACGAGAAGCAACUGGUGGAGUUGUUCCACAUGGUGAGGAAGUACAAGAUUGACAAGCUGGUGGGCGAUAAGCUGGCCGAGGCGUGGACCAACCUCACCCUCGCAUAUAACAGCACCGGACGGAAGUGCUCGGCGAUGCUGCUGCAGCGGCGGUGGUACCAGCUGCAGGAGGCGACGCGCGAGAGGUUCUACAAGCUGUGGCACAACUACCGAGGCAACAAGGGGCUGUGGGACAAGGCGCGAGACUUCUUACCCACGCCGCUGCAGGCCGACAUCGCUAAACGCUACCCCUCUGUGAUCACGCGGCCUUUCCUGGACUGGGACGAGCUCAUACAGAAACGGAAGGUCAUACUGCGACAGGAGUUUGAACAGAGAAUGAGAGCGCAGGAAAAGAAAAGUUCUGACGAUGGCAAACCCGAUCUGGUUGUGAUCGAGCCAGUAAUAGAAACCAUUGACCUUGGGAUGGAUUCUGAUGAAGAGGGCAACCAGAUAAGAAAACAAGACGGCAUAACCCCUAAAGUUGAACCUGAGGCAACCAAUACUUGUGAAAAACGGCAAGACUCUACUAAUUUUAACUUAUCACGGGUUAAACAAGAGCCCCCAGAAGAAGUGGAUGGGCUAUCCAACGUACAAAUACUAGAAGCGACUCAUUUACCAGACGAAUGCAUAAAUGACGACUCAACAAAUUCAGAAGUGCACGAACUCACAAAACACAAUGAACCAUCGUGUAGUUCUGACACAGUUCAAAAGAAAAAGUUAAAUUUAGAACAACAAAUGUCAAAUUUCAUUCAUAAUACUAUAGAAUUCGAUCAAAUCAGUACUCAGACUGAUAAAGAAGAACGAAUAGAUACGCCAGAUGAUCUGAUACAGCUAAAAGCAGAUGAAUAUUUUAAAAGUAAACUGAAGAAAGUCAUAGAAAGUCAAGCUACACAAGAUGAGAACAAGUCAGUGGAAAUUGAAAAAGUUACGGAUCAAGACGAUGUUGUAGACGAUAUAAUAAAGCAAAAAGCUGACGAGUUCGUGAAAAAAGUUGACAUAAAAAAAGUGGAUACUAAUAAAGUGGAUAUUAAUAAACUAGUGCAAGAUGUAGUUCAGGAUUUUGAGCUGCCGUCAGAAUUGAGUUUUGUCGACAAUGGUAUAGAAUUUGUUGAUGACGGCAUUGAAUAUGUAGAAGAAGACGAAAACGAAGAUGACUCGAAUAAUGUACCAACUGACGUGAAAAUAAAAGCAGAGAAGCCAGUUCCAGUGUCAGAAAUACCUACAGUAGAUAUUAAACCGGAAAUAUCAGCGCUGCCGGCCUCGGUAGAAGGCGAAACCAAGAUGUCCAGUAACGAAGAGCAAGAAAAAGGAAAAGCUGAAGAAAAUGGAGACAAAGCAGCUAAGUUUGACCUUAAGCUUCUUAUGCAGCCUGUAGUGUACACCACAAAAUUAGACGAUAUGAUCAUUUUUAAAGGUAAACAGUUCGAUUCCAUACAACAAGUAGAAUUAAUAGACAGCGUUAUAGCUGAAAGCAAGCCAGUAAGCGAGAAAGCUCUUAAACAAAUAAAGAUUGAACCCUUAAAUCAGAUAGGCGCACGUGAAACCGCUGAAAACAAUAAAAUGGAAAACGCCGAAGAAGUGGAUAUUGUCAAAAACUACGGAAGUACCAACGUUGACAUGGAAAAUCAAGGCGACAACGAUGACAACAUCGAAAACCAAACGGGAUAUCACGAUAUCGACGACGGAAACCAUGAAGAUUACGACGUCGAAGGCGACGAUAAUGCCGACGGCUACGAAAGCUCCACGAGUAUAGAAAUAAACGAGAACCUUAAAGUGAAACCUACUAGUUAUUUGCUACAAAAACCUAGAAGCCGCUCUUACAAUCCCAUACAGCUUUGCAAAAACCCAGACUUUAAUACUAGACUCAAACGGCUAACUGCGGGAUUCUUUAGCUCUUCCAGGAACAGGCAGUUACUCAGUGCGUGUAAACCAAUGACUAUCGAUUUACACAAAGCUUUCGAGCCUAAGCUUGUCAACGGAACUUUAUAUUUAAAGCCAAGUGGGGAGACAGCUCCGCAACAGGUUGAAGACGAUACGUGCGCGCUGUCGACUACUGUUGUCCCCUCGGCUAUGCCAAUACAAAGUCUACUUCAUAAUAACACCAAGGAUUUGAACAUUGACGAACUAGAGACGCAGCCUGUACACGUAGACACCGUCGAUCUCACCCGUAAGCCCACAGACGAAGAAAUAGCAAGAAACAAAGUCAUCAACUUACGAGACUUGUCCGAAAUCCGGCGCAUCAACCAAACUUUGCUUACUGCAGAAGUUACGCCCAUAAGAGUAGAGAAUAGGGACAAUCGUCCGUAUACUCAUGUAGAUCAGUCCCAGCCGAAUCCACCCAUUACAAUCACUGAAGAAGACAGUCAUAGUAAGUCACCCGAAAAUAAUGAAAUUAAAAUAAUUGGUCUUGCGGGCGGACAGAAAUUACCUUUACCUGUACAUGAACCAACUUCAACCAGAACUGAUUUGCAACCAAAGAACACUUCAACGUGUAACAUUCCACUAUACAGACGAAGAGGACCGAAACCAAGAUGGGACCGAGAAAUAAAGGCAAGGCCCACUGUCUACGCCACAAUACCAGGGAGGAUAAUGCCGGUGCCGUGGAUAUCAAAACUUAAUGCAUCUGCACAGAACAUAGAAGAUGGCCUUAUAACGAUAGAUACGCUCAACAGAAUGAUUAAUAAGUUACAUGGUAUGGAUAAUGACUAUCACGAUAAAAAGCAUAAAAAGGUCUUUUGGCACAUCGAUCGAAAAUCACAGAAUGUAGAAGAUCCUGAAAUAGAAGAAAAUAGAGACGAGAGCGAGAAAUCCGAAGAAAAAUCUGGAACAAGUAAAACAAACAUCCCCGUGUUUGGCAGCUUUGAGGAGGUUGCUGAAGCACAGAAAAGUGUUUCAGAUAAACAACAGCCUGAGACACCAGAAAUUGAUCUUACCGAAAAAACAAAACCGAAAGUAGACAAAGCUAAAGUUGAAGAAAAAAAGCCUAAAAAGAUGAGGGGCCCCGUUGUUGUUAGAAAAUAUUGUUGUUGGUCUAAAGAAAAGAUUACAAAGAUUGGAACAAAAGCUCGUAUUAGUCGAAAACAUUUAUGUGGAAUUAUAUGUCAAUGUUGUUGCCGAUUUGAGCUACUUAAUGUUAUAAAUAAAAAUAGAAUUGUAGUUCAUCCCCGUCAGACGAAAAGAGGGGUCGUUAACGUAUAUCGAACGAUCGAGUUGUCGGACGAUGAAACUCCCGAAAGUAAUGUCGAACAUUCAGUUGGCGAGACGGCAGUACCGACACCGACACCGAAGGUUCGAGUUAUGAGUUCCUCAGGGCCCCCUCCUCCGAUAAUAUCGUGUCCCCCACAAGAACAACAAACCAUUGGAGUACCAGAAGCGACUGUUAUAAGCUUAAGCGGUCUUAUAAAAGCUGUUAACGAAAGUACAACUAAUACGACUGCUCCUGGCCUACAGGAGACAAACACAGAAGAGACGCCUGCUAUUAAAAUCAAUAUCAACUUUACACAGUCAAAUGAGACAACAGAACCUUACAUUAAAGUUCCCGCAGCACGGACAACAGCGGCUAGAAUCCUCAACCCGCAAGCAUCCAACACGCGCAGCCUAAAUUCUGAUCGACUAUUGCAACAAAUAGCUGCUUUAAGCCCAAACGUCGUUCCUGAAACCAACCUCAAGAAAGUGAUCGUGCCCAUUCCAAGACAAACAACAAAACAAAAGUCCAUUGUUAUAGACGCUUCUAAUAAUGGUACCGAAAAGAAAGGCAACGUAGUGAUCUUGAAUAGUAGAAAUAUGGUAAACAAAUCCAAAGAAAGUCCAAUAUUUUUGGGAAAGGAUAAAAUUUUGUUGACUACAGUGAAAUUUCCGCCAAAUAUGGUUGAUAAUCCGCCAACUUCAAAACCGUUGCAACCGAUAUUGACUCCGACAUUACCUGUGCCUGCAGGUGUACAGCUAAUUCUGUUACCUAAUGGAUCACUAACUUACCACAUUGAUCCCGAUGUAGAAUUGAGUCAGGAACAACUCGCUGGUUUACCGUCUAUUAUAGCCACAGUGCAAGAGCAACUUAAUACAAGUUAUCCUCAUAUCACCAAACUCAUAAAACCAACUGCCGUUAAUGAUAGAGAUGUCGGAGUUAUGAAUGACGAACCUAUAGUCAUAAACGAUGAACCCAUUUUAGUGGAUGUAGAGGAUUCUAUAUCUAAAACGCCAUCUGAAAAAACAAAGUCAAAGCAGACAAAACCAGGCGUUGACUUUGAAUGCAGUGAAAUACCUAGUAUUCCUGACACAGCAACAGACGGCAUGCAAGCCAAAAGCUCUGCAGAAGGUUUUACAGAGCAUAAAGCCAAUGCUAGUCAAGAGCGGUCUGAUGAAAAGGCCUCAAACGUAGUAUUAAAUAACAGUGAUAUCAGAAAUGAGUCAAAUAAUUCAGAUAUUAUUACUAUAGGUGAAUCUACUCCCAUUGCUAACGCCGCGGAAAACAAAGACAAUCAAAUAGAAAAGCUCACUGAAGGGUCUUCUAGCGGAAGGAACUUAUUGUCAGAUUUGAUGGAAAUGUCAGGAAUAUCUGCGGAGGAUACAACUCCUGUUCCAGAAAGCGUACAACAAGAACCACAAGUUGCAUCUUUUCCGAAUAUUUUACCAGUAAACAAAGACACUGCCAGUGCACCGAUUAUGAAUUCCAUGAGUACACCGACUUUAUCUGAAUUAACACCGGUAACCUCGCUCUGGCAACUGAAAUAUGCCUGCGCACAUGAAGGGUCGUUUUUCAAGUUAGACUUUAGCACUGGAAUAGUGGUGCCAAUCAAUGUUUGUAUUAAGAAAAAACUGAAGAAGGUUCCGCCUUUGCUUAGCACAUACACGAUCGACUUAACAGAUGAUGUUGCGCCGGAAAAGAUGCCAAUUUCAAGGCUAAGCCCUAGCAAACCAACUCCUGUAGCUUUACAAAAAUCGAAUGUUAAACUACUGGAUAUAAUAAAAUCAAGGCAGACUUCAACACCGAAUUUAUUGAUACGAAAACGCAAAAUACUGGAUAUAAAUAGAGUUUCUAUGGUAGAAUCAAAAUCCAUUCAGUUGUUACAUGGUACGAGAAAGCAAAGUAUGGGAAAGAUAGAAGCGAAGAUAGACUUGGUAGACUCUGAUACGCCGAUGGAAGAGGAAUACCUUGUGGAACAGACCGAUUCUGACGAUUCUCAGAUACGUGACAAGAGAAUCAAUAUGAACGUGCCAAAUACUGACAACAGGAGCGACUCUGGUGAUUCGUCAGAUGACGAACCGCUCGCCCGGAAAUUUAUAAGGAUUAGAGAGAAUAAAAAUAACCAUGAUGUUGCCUCUAAGAAUAGAGGAGACAACGAACCCACCGGUAGUGAUGCAACACCGAGUACAAGUGCAAAUAUGUCUUAUAAUAUUAAUACAAUGGAUACAGCAGCAGAAUCAGAAGUACCACACGAUGGUUCGAAUAUGGAUGUGGAUGAGCCGUUUAUGGAUUUUACAGAAGAAUUCACGAGUGACGACCAAGAAGACUGUAUAUUAGGAGUAUAAUUGAACAACACAACAAAAUCAUCACAUGAAAUGCUUUCGUAGUAAAAAUAUAGUUGGUAUGAUUUGAUUAAAUACACGAGUACUUACUUAGAGUUGCUGCCAAAAGGAAUACUUACCUAAUUACCUAUAGGAAUGAUCAUUAUUUCUUUGACAAUUAUCUAGUAAGUGUUGCUACGGAAAAAUAAUAUAAAAUCUCACUCUUUCGGUACCUAUUUUUUUCUGAUAUUCAGGAAUCCAUGCUUCGCAAGCAUUCCUUGACUAAAUUCUUAUAAGCAGUAUGAUAAAUGGUAAGGUAACGUAGAAAAUCAUUUUCGCCAUGUCGUCUUUGACUGUCAUAUACAGGCUGUUAGCGACAUCGUAACGACUACUCAGGAGACUGAUUCAGACCACGAUUCUGAGUUAAUAUCAAGUGGAUUUUUCCGUCAUAAGGUAUUCUUCCGUCGCCGGAUUUUUCCGUCGUAUUCGACGGAGGGGGAUGAUUCAGCUCAUUAUCCUGAGUUGAUAAAUAUCAAGUGGAAAUUCCUGUCGGAAAAUUCAUGAUUAGCGUUUUUAAAAACUAUUUUCAGUUCCAUAAUUUUGCGUCAGGAAAUUCCAAUUGAUAUCAACUGAGAAUCAUGGUCUGAUUCAACCCUCUAGAGUUUUGAUUACGAUGGCACUAACACCCUGUAUAAUUUAAACACAUAGGAACUGAAGUUAUGUAAGUACCUAUAUGCCGUGCGAAUAUAAAAAAAAUAAGUAUUGGUCUCGACUCGGGCAACCUCCACUGAUUGAUGUCCUCCCAGACGUAUACGUCGACGGCGACACCCUUAGCUAGUGUUAGCCUGGGCUCUUGCAUGGGCGCGGGCGUGACUAGCAAAACCAAAUUUAGUUUUGAAAGUUCUGUUGCAAGAAGCACAAUAGAGAGUCCCAUUUGAGUUAUAACUGUAGUGGUAGGAGGGCUUGGGUCGAGUUUUUCGGAUCUGGCGUUUGGCGUCAAGAUCAUCAAGACGGGUUCGUUCAAAGUUUUUAAUCCCGAUUCGACAGCAGAUCGCCAGUCCGAUCUCUGAGUGGCAAGCUUCUCCAACGAUUCACUAGACGUGCCAAUAGCAGUCAGAUGACGUUUCAAGACAUCCCUGUAACGCAGGUAUUGUCCACUGAUUAGUAAUAGUAUGGCAACCACCAACGUAAUUUGACAGGAUUAAAACUAGCUGCAUCUCUUUCUUGCACGUAUUGUAAGUAAAGGACGACACUGAUUUGAGAAAGCUAUUAUAAAUAGUUUAAUGUACUUUUUUAUGUCGGUAGUUCUUUUUAAUGAUUUGUUAUGUUAAUGCACUAACCCACUAUGAUUAUAUUUGUACAAAAUGUUCCUGUACCCAAAGGUUGCCUGGAAGAAAUUGCUGCAUGAGCAAUAAGGCCACCUGUUGUGAUUUUCUGUAUAUGUUGUCCUUAUUUUGUGUCCAUUGUGCUCAAUAAAUUAUUUUAUCUAUCUGUCUAAAGCUGUCAAACUAAAAUUAGGUUAAUUUUGUGUUCGCCCGGUCACCAAUGAUAAUUUUCAUUAAUGUACCUUUUUUAUUAGAAAAAGACUCAUCUUCAAGUUAUGUUACUUAGUCUAUAAAGAAUAUGCGGUGGGUAGAGAGUCAAGCAACCUAAUAUCCAAAAUUUUGGGCACAGUAAAUUUUUAGUUCCCUAUAUAUUAAAUAAAGUAUAAAGUAUAUUUGAUUUGAUAAAGUUGUAUAUUUUUUUUUUAUGAAAGUAGAAACAAAAAUAGUGUAAUUCAUUCGACUCUGCCUACCCGCGUUGUGAAAUGGGCGUGAUAUUAUGUUUGUAUAUUUCUAUAAAUAAUGUAAAUAUGACUGUAAGUAUGUAAUAUUUUUUUAAAUUAUCUCUUGAACUCUCAAUGUUAAUUUUAAAACUUAAUUGUAUUAGAUACCUAAGUGGCAAUUUAAUUGCAACUGUAGUUGUAAGCUGGUCCUUAAUUCUAGACAUGAUAAUUAAAUGUCUACGAAUCAAUGAGGGGCUUAUCAGGCUAUGUUCUCCCAAAAAAUAAUAGAUGGCACUGGUGCUAAUUCCUGUAAAUACCAUCUAAUUUUAUUUUAAGUUAUAUCUGUCAUUUUCUUAUCCGCCGAAAAGGAAAGGGACGGGUAAUCGACAAGCAUAAAAGUUAUGGAACACACGUCAAUUUUAAGCACAAAUCUAAACCAACCGUCUAAAAAUUUUACAUCCGUCAAUAACCCGACACAGUUAAGUAGACAGCACGUCAAACAGAUUGCAUACCAGCGACGUACCUUUUGAUUCGCCCGGGUUAUUCAUUCAUUUACUCAUUCUUCCUAAAAUUAAGAGCUGUGAAUCAUCCGUCCCUUUCCUUUUCGACGGAUAUGAAAAUGACGGACAUAAAAUAAAAUUAGGCGGUGUCUGCAGGAAUCGGGGCCAUUGUAUACUUGUGAUAUUUUACAUAUUUUCUGAUUGCUCGUGUAUAUAAUUAUUCAAAAAUAGAAUGGAAUGGCUAAGGCAUAUAUAAAAAAAUUGUUGCUUGAUAUUUGAAUCAGACAUGAAUAGAAUUAUGUACGAACGCAACAACGUACAGCGCGAUCUAUAUUUUUUUGGGGAAUGCGUCUUGGAAAGUCCCUUACUGCGAAAUAUAUUUAAAUAGGUGAAUAUAAAAAUGUGCCAAGUUUGGUGGCGAACUUUCAUAUAUAUUUUUUUUCGUGAAAAAUUGGGUUCCGACAAACAACAACAAGGAACAAGUUACAUCGUAGCUAGAACUAUCCUUUUUCAUGUCGGAACCCAAUUUUUCACGAAAAAAUAAUAUGAAAGUUCGCCACCAAACUUGACAUUUUGAUAUUCACCCAAAUAUUGUAUCUCAAUGGUUCGUUUCGUUGCAAUGAGCAACUGACUUUGAUGUACAAUAAUUGCGUCAGUGGUUUUCAAGAUUAGAGAGAUUUUUACACUAUAACAUCACGCCUUUAUCCCCGAAGGAGAAGGCAGAAUUGCAUACCUACAUCCACUCCUCGCUCGCCCCAUAAGUCCCAUGUAAUAGAGCGCGAGUAUAUGGCUAUUAUAGGGCACAAGUCCUGGAAAUCACGUGAUAUCAAUUAUCUACGAUCCAAGCAUGAUUCAAACUCAUAAGUCGAAUUCAGCAGUUUAUAGCCCGAGCCAGGAUUGAAACUCAUGACACUACGAUGCAAGUCACGCUUUCUCAGACCAGGGGCCUGUUUAAUAAAACUUAAAUUGUAAAUUACAAUGACAAUUUGAUGUACAUUGCGGAGUAUGUGAUUACGAAUAUUUUGGAGUUUCAUAUUAGCUACGCAAUGAACAUCAAAUUGUCGUUGUAAUAAACAAUUGUAAGUUUUAUUAAACAGGCCCCAGGGAUGUUAAAAUGGCCACAUCGAAGCAAUUCAUCUAAGAAAGCAAUAUUGCUAUUUGACAUUUGUUUGCAUUGCACACUUUUAUAUGCGCAAAUGUCAAAUUGCAAUAUUGCAUUCUUAGAUGAAUUGCGUCGAUGUGGCCAUUUUAACCCCCCAGGGCUAUCAUGGAUUCAUACGGAGAGAUGUGCUUUGUUCGAGAGUCGGUCCAGUAAGCGUUUCAGUGUAAUUUGCAUUUAAAACUAUUUGUUUUAGACAAGUAUAUUAAGUUUAAAUUCAAAAACUUUUAAGCUAGUGACAAGGGAGACACGGCACGUCCCGACCGUUUCUGUGUGGACAGGCGCAUACAAACUUAUAUAUGGUGUUAAGUGCUGCGAAGCCAAAUGAAAUAUUUAGGAAAAAAUCCCGUCCCAAGGAAUCAGUUGCCUCAAUGUGACCUACUCCCCUAGACUCGGCCAAACAGCUGAGUGCUAUCUUUUAUAGAUCGACAAGGAUAUAGGCGCGUGGCCGAAAUCGGAACUAACGCCACAUUCUAUGAAACCGUAAUUUUUGCGUUGUUUUCUUUCUGUAUUGUUUAUGGCUAUUGACAGUAUAUAAAUAGAUAUAUGGAAAUGACUUGUGCCCUGUUUAUCAAAACUUACAAGCUCUGUAUUACAAGAAAUUUUCUUAAAAAAAAAAAAUAAUUAAUACAAGAAUGUGUUUAUCAAAACUACACAUCUAAAUUACAGUAAUUAAGUGUCAAUAUUUAUUUCUCAAGUAUGUUAUUCAAUCCCUGUAUUUUUUUGAUAAACCUAAUUUACACGUACUUGUAACUUGUAGCUUGUGAACGUGUAGACUUGUAAGUUUUGAUAAACACGGCACAGCUCUCCUAGCCACGCGCCAUAAGAUGCCUGUAUAACAUUCGGGUUGCGAGGAUAAUGGUCGACUGUACCCCAACCCUAGUGUCAGGGUUACUAGUUAUUAUAUUAGCCACUAUGGCAAUGGCGCAAUCCUAUUUUUUACCUCAAGGUAGUUAAGAGACUCGUGUUUAGACCAUAAGGCUGCGUUUCCAUUGACGCGGAGCUGUGCAGGAAUCGACCAAUCACCGUGAGGGAGAGAGUGAGAGAGCGUCUUCGUUUUUCGCUCUCUCGAACGCUGUGAUUGGUCAAAUCCGCACAUCUCCGCUCUUCUCCGCCCAUCUCCGCGUCAGUGGAAACCCGGCCUAAUGCCCUCGUACCUCAAUGGUUCAUAAUUUAUUUUAGUUUUUUUGUAUAAGUAUUGUAAGUAGUAGUAGAAAUGUUAAGUGUACAUGUUAGAUGAA